AUGAUAUUCUCAUAUCUACUGAUUCUCUCCUUUUUCAGUUCAGCACUUAGCGAGUAAGUCCGAAUAAUACUGAUUCAACCUAUUAAUCGCUUUAGGAAUGUCUAUUGCACAUACUACAGAGAGACUAACGAAAUCACAUGCGGGUUCUUAGAAAUUAGAAAAAAAAAGGAAAAUGAAGAGAUUUCAGAACGAUAACAUGUGAAACUCACGUUCCCCCUAACGCCGAUCUAGAAAAGGAAGGACUUGAUGUGAAACUACCAAGAGGGUGGUAAGUUUUGGAUUUUGACCGAAUCUGAUUUUCAUUUCCUCUUCUUGAAGGUAUCGGAUAGGAACGAUGCAGAUCCGACAUGACACUUCCUGGCUCAAUCUCUACCGCCGCAGAGCCACAGGAACUGGCUAUUGGGACUUCUACACGAACAUUCCAGAGCGUAACUGUGCAGGGUUAGUUCUUCUUUUUCUUGGAAAAGGCAAUAACUUUGAACUCUCCGCCUUCACAGAGCGUUCGGUCUUCAUGCAGGAGAGAAUAUCUCAGGCUCAGUCACAGUAAAAGAUAAAAAGUGCUUCGAUCGACUAAUUUAUCAGGUUUUUUCAAAACUUUCCCACAAAGGUUAACCUCAGACUUUACAAGAUCGAAAAGAAGUCAACGAUCGAAAAGUUCGACGUUUUGCAAUGUCGAAAGUGCAUUUUUCACAGCUGCUGGCUUGGAAGUCGUCUUUUGCCGAACGCAAGAGAAUACCUCACAAAUCUUCGAAGCUAUUAA